UUCUUCUUCAACCCUACCAGGAGGAACUUGAUUGUGCUUUGUGCAACCGCAGUGGGCAGAGCAUGGUUUAUGACUGCUCUCUCUGUGACUUUUCCCUUCACGUCAAAUGUGCUCAAGUUUUACCUCCGGUUAUUCAAUCUCAAAUCCAUGAACACCCUUUUACCCUCCUCUGCAAGCAAAUCUCAUUUUGUUGUGAUGCUUGUGGCCGAAUUGGCUCUCACUCUCCCUACGUUUGCAUCUCCUGCAACCUCACAGUUCACUACCGCUGUACUUCAUUACUAAGAACCAUCAAAAUACUUCGCCAUGAACAUCUUCUCAGACACGCUUAUUUUCUUCAUGAAAGUCGAUCUGAAUGGCGCAACUGUUCGAUUUGUCACCGGGAUAUGAGGGCAUCUCGUGGGUGUUAUCAUUGUCUAGCAUGCGAUUAUGCCGCCCAUGUCCGCUGUGCAACACGUUCUGAACUAUUGGAUGGCAGAACAAGAGAUGAAGAUGAUGAUAUGAAGAGCAGUGAGGCCAGGCUAGAUUCUAUAAUCAGGAUUGUUAAGGAAAUCAAGCUCGGUGAAGACACGAUUGCAGCUGAGAUUGAGCAUUUCAGCCAUGAACAUACCUUGAUUUUCAGUAAUGACGGUAAGGAUUAUAAAGGUUGUGAUGGAUGCGGACUACCUGUCUCGUCUCCAUUUUAUAGCUGUGAAGGGUGUGAUUUCUUCCUCCAUAAAACUUGUGCUGAAUUACCCAGAAAUAAGCUUUACCCAUUUCACCAGCAUACACUUACUCUUCUACCAAAAUCACCUCAUUCUAACAGAGUCUUCUCAUGUAAUGUCUGUUCAAUCUACUCCAAUGGCUUCUCUUACAACUGUGAGAGCUGCAGUUUUGAUCUCGAUCUUCGCUGCUCUUCAAUUUCAGACACCCUUACACAUCAAGCUCAUGAACAUAGCCUCUUCGUCUUCUUCCAGGAUGAUAGAAAGACUGAAUGCUGCGGCUGUGGUGCGUUGGAAAAGAACGGAGUGAGAUGCCCAGAAUGUUGGUAUUCUCUUGAUUUCAAAUGCGCUACGCUACCACUCACAGCUAAGCAUAGCUAUGACGACCAUCCUUUGAAGCUCACCUGCCGGGAUGAUUCAGAUUCAGAUAAGCUUUAUUGCGAUGUAUGCGAAGAUAAGAGAGAGCCAUAUAAUUGGUUCUACUCCUGCGAUGAUUGCGGUGUCACCAUUCAUCCCGAAUGUUUACUUGGCAAGUAUCCUUAUAUUAAGGUUGGAGAUAGUCACACAAUUGAUUCUCACCCGCACUCCCUCCGUUUCGUGAAGAAGACAGAGAAGUAUCCUUCCUGCAACUCUUGCGGCCAACCCUGCACAGAUUUGGCACUUGAGUGCGGGGAGUCUGAAUGUAGUUUUAUAGUCCACUGGGAAUGUGUUGCUCUUAGCAAGUCUUGA